AUGCCUUCCCUUCCUAUGCAACGACCAGUUGAUGUGUACCUUAGCUAUCACAAAGAUUACCUCAACAAGAAGAACAAAAUAGAGGAGGAAAAGGGACUCAAAAGCAUGAGGGUCAGUGUAACAAAACCGAUUCUCAUCCUCUUCUUUAUUCUCUCUACCAUCACAUUACUUAGGCUCCUUAAGAUCACAACCAGUACUUCAUCUUCCUCUCAUCCAAAUCUUACUCUACCUCUAAUUCCUCCUAAAACUUGUUCUUCUCCAUCUCCAACAUGCACAGAGACCCCAGCACACCAUGAUUCCACUGCUGCUACCAUCCUUGCCGCGAAAGAAUUCCAACUUCUAUCUAAAAUUGUCUCCUUUAGAGCCCCCUGCAACCUACUAGUAUUUGGAUUUCAACCCCAAUUCCUCAUCCUCUCCUCUCUUAAUGGUGGUGGAACUACAGUCUUUCUUGAAGAAAACCCAGUAAAGAUCAGGGCUUUCUCAACAAAUUCCAAAAGCAUUCGUAUCUACAAAGUUGAGUAUUCCACUGUUGCAGGAGAAGCAUACAAACUUCUCAAACAAGCAAGGACAGACCCUGCUUGCACACCUCAACAGAGGCCACUUCAAGCCUCAACCUGCAAACUGGCAUUGACAAAGCUACCAUGGGAGGUAUAUGAGCGCAAGUGGGACGUGGUCGUCAUCGAUGGACCAAGAGGAGACAGCCCAGAAGCACCUGGGAGGAUGGCUGCAAUCUACACCAUUAGCAUGAUGGCAAGGGCAGGGAAUAUGACGGAUAUUCUGGUUCAUGAUGUAGAUCGGAUGAUUGAGAAGUGGUUUUCCUGGGAGUUCCUAUGUGAUGAGAAUCUGGUCUCAUCAAAAGGGAAGUUUUGGCAUUUUAGGAUCAAGGGCAACUUGAAUUCUACUAGUUUUUGCUCCAAUUCAGUAGUUCAAAUCCAGUAAUAUAUU